CUCACAGUCAGCCAGAGACGACAACAAGACAUAUCACAAUGUCCGACUCGCAAAGCAGCGUGGCAGGUCCAUCUCGCAACGAGACGUCACUCGAAGCGCGCCAGCAGGUCACUCCUCGACAGCGGGAAAAAGCACCUCAGCUAGAUGAUGUACUGCUCGACGAGACUGCUCUAGAACAAGAAAUCGAUCUUCUCAUCGGCCAAUAUCUUGAAUCACGCGGAGCUCCUUCAGCAGCCAGAAUUUGGGAUGAACAGAUCCUGGGCAAGGGUGCAGAUGGUAGCACCAGGAAGGACCAUGUAGAGGAUGUGGAAAGGGCUAUUCAAGACGGAGAUUGGGGAGCUAUCGAAGGUCUCAUUGCGAGGCCUGGUUUAUUGAGACCUCAAACCCAAAAGGCUUUCCUGUAUCUAGUGUACAGGCAACAAUUCUUGGAACAUGUUGAGAACCGUGAAUCGCAGAAAGCAUUCAACUUACUGCAGAAGCGUCUGAAAGCUCUGGAACACUAUCAACCUGUACCAUACGAUUUCUAUUCGCUUUCAUAUCUCACGUCUGCCUCUACCGUUCAUGACGCACCAACAUUUCGGGACUGGGCUGGAGUCGGUCCGGAGAGAGAUCGACUGACGGGGGUUUGGAGAGAGAUCAUCGAUUCUGAACGAGGCGGGGAAGUGGGAGAACGGAGAUACGUGCCUCCUAACCGACUAAAGACCCUUUUGAAGCAGGCAGCAGCUUGGCAAGUUGGUCAAAUAGAGAGGAAACGCGACAGUCCCGUGAAGAUCCCUUCGAUGCUUCAGGACUACAGACCUGUCGAGCUACCGAAUACCCUCCAGCGGUCAAUUCAUGGACACCUCGCCAACAUCAAAGCGGUUGACCUGAUAGGUUCCACGGGUCACUACGGCGUCAGCGGGUCAAGCGACUGCACCCUCCGCAUAUUCUCCACAGAAGACAGCACGACAGAACACAUACUGUCAGGGCAUACAUCCAGAGUCUGGAGUUGCGCAUCGUCGCCUUCUGGGUCCACUAUAGCGAGUGGGUCUGGAGAUGGCUCGAUUCGGCUCUGGUCUGUCGCCAACGGGGAUUGCCGAGGGGCGCUGGCAGGUGAUGGAGGAGACGUUUACAGCGUCAAAUGGCGGCCUAAUCGAGAUGAUCAAUUGGCCACGGCGUCUUAUGAUCGUAUUCUUCGUUCUUGGGAUGUGGAGACUGGCAAGCAACUGCGGACAUUCUCAGGCCACAGUCAGAGUACGCUCGCUGUCGCUUACGACUCUACGGGAAAUAUGAUGGCUUCCGGUUCCAAGGACAAGCAUGUGAGAUUGUGGGAUGCCGUGGGCGGUGUUUGCAUCAACACCAUGACCGAAUGUCUGGGAGAGAUUACCUCGGUAGAGUUUGAAGACGAGGGAAAGUACCUGUUGGCCGGGUGCAAGGACAACUCGAACCGUCUAUGGGAUCUCCGGAUGGUAGGCCCUUCUCGAGGCCGAAGAGUGCAAGCACUGACAAUGCCCUAGCAAAGGAGUAUCUACCGAUACACUGGUCAUCAAAACACAUCAAAGAACCUGAUCCGGUGCACCUUUGCCUACUCUGCAUCCCUCGUUAUCGGCGGAUCAGAGGACGGAUCGGUGUACAUCUGGGACCGCGAAGGCAGCACUCCAGCCAAUACUUUGAACGAAGCCAAUCGCCCACCUGCCCUCCUUGCUCCUACCGCAUAUGGCCCCAGCGGCGAACCCAUCGCCCCUACACUGUCCAACGCCGAUAUACCUCUUCGCCCCCCUGCUUCGCCGGCGUAUUACCCCCCAAGGGACGCGCGCACGACGGGCUCCAGUUUCAGCAGCAGUAUCGCCCGUAGCGGGGGCAUCACCGUGCGGCCUUCCAAGGUCUUACUGGGACAUGGCGACGGAGCGGUGUUUGAUGUCAAGUGGAAAGACGGGAGGAUGAUUAGUGCUGGCGAAGAUGGAGCUGUUGGUGUCUGGGGCGUCGAGCGUUGAAGAGAGCCUUCAUGCUCGGCUUAAAUAGAUCGGGGAUUUUGAAAGCUGAUAAGCUACAGUAUGUAUGCGCUCUGGUUAUCGACCACGAUCAUGCCGGCAGUUCAUGAAGACUGCCGUUGAGUAAGCACCAAACAAGCAUGUAAACAAUUGAGUACGAGGAGCCGAAUGUCAGUAAUAAGCAAUUGCACUCAAUCGCAAUCAAGCUUCAAGGGAGGGGCGGCGGCCGGCGAAUUUUCCCUGGUGCAAGGCGUUGCCAGGGCACAGUUAUACAUAUUUCUCAAUGGCCACUGGUUGCCACACGUACACUUAUGC